AUGGAGAUUGUCGUGUGCCGCUAGUUGAGAUGCGAGGAUGCUGCAGCUGUGCUAAACGCCAUUAAAGAAAAGCAGCUAUAACUGACAAAAUGUUUCAGACGCUCUCGUUAAAAAAAUGUUUCCUUUAUAUUGGCUACAUGAUGGUCUGGAUUAUUUCUCACCCUUAUCUGAAUGAUGCACAUCAAGGGAAACACUUCCUGCACUACAAGUUUACAGUCCUGACUAAAGCAGACACAUUCCCAGAGUUCAGUGCUGAGGGUGUUUAUAAUGACAGACAGAUCAAAUACUUCAGUAAUGAAGAAAGAGUCUGGAUUCUGACUGAAGAUGACUGGACUGAACCUCCUAAAGAUCCACCUGAUUCUAGAAACUGGUUCAUUCAUCAGAUCAGGACUCUGACAAACUGCACAAACUCACAGUGUUCUGAGCUUCAUGUUCUUCAGAGAAUAAUUGGCUGUGAACUGGAGAAACGUCCUGAUGGAACAGUGAAUCUGACUGUCUUUGAUGAAUAUGGAUUUGAUGGAGAGGAUUUUAUAUCCUUUAAUUAUAAAACUAUGCAGUGGAUUGAUAAAAACCCCAAAGAAACGAAAGUGAAAUGGGAUCAUCAAACAGAACGAAACCAGUACAUCAAGUAUUUCCUCAAGAAUUGUGUGAACUGGAUCUCCACAUUUAACAACAUUAAAAAGGUUCCACCAAAUGUUCACGCUUUUGUGCCGAAAGCUCCUGAUGAUGACAGUAAUCUGGUUCUGACGUGUCUGGCCACUGGUUUCUACCCCAGAGAUGUUCAGAUGAACAUUAGAAGAAACAAAAACACUCUUGAGGAUCAAACAUCUACUGGGAUCAGACCAAAUGAUGAUGAAACCUUUCAGAUGAGAAUCAGUGUGAAGAUCGACACAAAUGACAAUGGGCUUUAUGACUGUCUGCUCAUUCACAGCAGUCUGACUCUAUCACGACCACUUUUAACACUAUACGUUGGAGGAUAUUGUGAAUCUUCUUGUCCUGUUCUAGCAGCAGCAGCUGCAGUUCUAUUUCUAGCUCUCACUGUGAUUGGUUACUGCGUCUACAAAAAGAGAAGGUCAAAUUGUCUGAUGAGAAGUCAUCGCUAUUGUGUUGGAGCGUAGUAUACAGCAGGGGCCGGUUGCACCAGCUUUGCGUAAGUUACAACAUAGCCUAGUUUUGACGUAAAUGGGCACAAAGUUACAACUUAUGCACUACUAAAAAUUUUUGUGUUGCACCAUUAAACUUGCAAGCGUAACUCUACGUAUACACUAAAUAUUUAUGGAAGCCUCCUAUCAGGAGUAAUGGUUGGAAUAAAAUAGCAGACUGACUGAGCUGCAUCAAUAAGCUCUUAUUUUACCUGACAGACUUCAUUCUUUACACAUAUAUGAUGCUGCUGACAUUUACACUCUCUUACAUUUUAAGAGAGAGAACAUCAUGUGUAACGAUUACUUUGUUAGCCACUCUUCAACACGAACCCGUUAAACAGCGCGCCGUUGUGCGCAUUG